AUGUAUCGACACGUACACCCGGACCUGGGUCCGAUCCUGGGCCAGCAGGUCGAAGGCGGACUGGUGCAAUUUCGGUCGAUUCCGUAUGCUGCUAUUUCACGACGCUUCGCCCGGGCACGUCUUCUGAAAGAGCUGCCACGGAACAACGGCGACACUUGCUUCGAUGCGUCUCAAUGGGGACCUUCCAGUAUCCAGCGACUCGAUUGCAUCGAGACAGACCUCAAAUGGAAUCAGCUUCCCGAGCAGCCUAGCAGAACUCAGACACAAUCAGAGGACUGCCUUCGAGUGACUCUGACUGUGCCUGAGACGCAACUGAAGUCAGAGUCAAAGAUCCCUGUCCUGGCGUUCAUACAUGGUGGAGCUCUUGCAGUUGCUUCUGGUGAGCGGUAUUAUUAUGAUCCCACCAAGCUUUGUGCAGAUGCACUUGCAUCGCAAAAACCGCUGUUGUUUGUGUCGAUCAAUUACAGACUCGGUCCAUUAGGUUUCUUGCACUCUCCAGAAGCGGAGGAACUGCUACCGCCCAACAAUGGACUGUACGAUCAGCUGUUGGCCUUCGAAUGGAUCCGAGAGUUCAUCGCGGGUUUUGGAGGCGAUCCGGAGAAUGUCACAGCAAUUGGACAAUCUGCAGGUGCUGCAAGCUUGGAGUUGCACAAUUGCAAUCCUAGAAAGGAGCCGCUUUUUCGUCAAUCGGCCGUUCUGUCCGGGUCCGGUAGCAUAAUCUCAGUGCAAAGUCCAGAAGAGCAUCAUGUCGAGUUCUGUAAGAUGGCCAAAAGUCUUGGCAUAGAUGCAAAAGAACGCCCUGCACAAGAUGUCGCCCGUGAGCUUCUGGAUGUGCCUGUGGAAUCUAUUCGUGAUUUAGCACUUCAUGGAUCUUUCUGCUCAGAAACAGAACUGGUUCCCGACAAGGACUGGGCAACAAUGCGCCACGCGAACACCUUGAAGCCGAAUGCUUGGCUCAAAUCGCAAAUCAUCAGCUCUUGUACUUACGAUGGAUCCAUCUCAUACCUUGUGGAGCACGCGAAGAAUCGCCAGAAGAGGGCGGCUUCUUUUGAGUCAACUUGCAAGAAGCAGUUGAAGCACCCUGAAGACAUGCUGAAUAUUUACGGCAUCAGUGCCAUCGACUCCGAUGAGGACGCCUUGCUGAAGAUCGGGCAGGUUGUCACUGAUGCAGGAUUCUAUGCACCAGCGAUUAGCAUGCUCAAUGGUGCGAGCGAUUCACCAACAGAAAGCUACAUGGUGUCAUUCGACAUUCCCAAUCCUUGGCCCGGACCACUGCCACAAAAUCAAUGCGCCAGUCAUACGUGGGAUGUUGUCUCGCUUUUGGGCCCCUACGAGGACCAAUUGCCUGUAGAAAUGCGCGAAGGUGUCUCAGCCUGGCGACAUCUCAUCAUCGGAUACUGCCAUGGCGAGCCACCAGGGAAAAGCUGGAGUCCUAAAGAGCGCUUCAUACAGCGAGUAGGCUCGCGCGGCCUUGAGCAGCUUGGACCUCUCGAAGUGCAAGCGCUUCCGGCUGAAAAGCUGUUAGGUCUGGCUCACAAAGAGGGAGGUGAACAAGGCUUCGACCAUAUGUGGCACAAUACUGUGAGGUUCUACCUUGACAAGGAGGAAUCCGAAGCGGCCAAGUUGUAA